UCAAACUCAAGUGUUAACACAAAGUUAAGAGGUUAAGGCAGUAAAAUGUAAAAACCAGCAACCAGUAAAAAAGAAGCGCGAGAUACCUACUUCUUUCCUUGUUCCUUCUUCUCUGUGUUUCUGCUUCCAUUGUUGAGAUACCCAUCAAACAAGACUUGGAAUUGAGCACAACCCAGCUUCAUUUUGAAGGCAUCGAAGUGAAAACCCACAAUGGGAAACGAAACAGGUUGAACCAGCUUUUUAUGUAGGCAUUGGCAUUGUUGAUAUGGAGAAUAACACAGAAGCAUUUCAAAGUUUUCUUCAGGUUCUUCCCCCUGUGGAGUUUGCUUGUGUUUAUGGAUCAUCUCUUCAUCCAACCAAUCAUGACAAGACAACAAUGAUUGAUUAUAUUCUUGGUGUGUCUGACCCCAAACAAUGGCAUUCUGAGAAUCUGAAAUUGAACAAGCAUCACUAUGCAUCAUGGAUGGCGCACCUUGGUGGAGAGAGACUGAUUACCGCGGUUGCAGAUAAAAUUGGUGUGGGAGUACAUUUCAACCCUUUUGUUACUUGGAAUGGAAAGAUGUUCAAGUACGGAGUUGUUCGAAUGCAUGACUUACUUCAAGAUGUGCAGUGUUGGGAGAAUUUCUACUUGUGUGGUCGUUUACAGAAACCAGUUCAAAUUGUUGUUGAUAGUUCAGAUAUAAGCAAAACCAAUUCCGUUAACUUGCGAGCUGCGUUGUCAGCUUCUCUUCUCCUUCUUCCAUCAGAAUUCACAGAGGAAGAUCUGUAUGCUAAAGUUUGUAACCUGUCAUAUAUGGGUGAUGUGCGCAUGUUAUUUGCUGAGGAUAAAAAUAAGGUGAAGAAGAUUGUAACUGGGCAGUUUGAUCUAUUCCACUCGAUGUAUAAGCCGUUUCUUGAAGAAUACGAGGCUAAGAAGUUAUUGAAACUUUCAUCAACUGGCAAUCACCAAAUACAUGUCUCUCAGGAUUGUGACUUAUCAGCUGCUCGGUCUCUAGUUUCUGCUCUUCCUCCAUCAAUCAGAAGCCUGAUGAGCACGAAGCUAGGAGAGGAAACAAAAUCUACUCAAACUGGUAGAAUUAUACAUGAUGCUAAAAUCAGCUCAAGAGAAGGGGCUGCGAAUUGCUUGCAGAGAAUUCUGAGGCGAAAGGUUAUGGUUUCAAGUACAAGGCAGGCCAUAUCUGGUCUACUGGCUGUUGGUGGGGUAGGUGCUACCAGGUAUGUUGCUAACAAAAUCAACAAAGCUUGGAAGUCAUGGAGAUGAUUUUUUUUGGGCAUUAACAAUCAAUAGACCUUAGGUUUUCUUGCACCCGGGGAAGUUUAUAGGAGGACUAGUUCUGUGAACAUUUUUCUUGGCGGUGACCUUUUCCCCUUAAAACCCUUCCUUCACAGUCUAAGUUAAUAGGUUUAACCGGAUUGACUGGCGUCAUUCUUCUCUUGGGGGAAGAAGAUAGUAACCUACCAACAAAAAUAGGCUUUGGUGUUUGAUUUGCCAAAUACAUUUUAUAGUAAAGUUUAUCAGUACUUGUGGAUGAGAAGAUGUUGUGUAACUGCAAAGGGAAUAUGUUUGUGGAAUAGCAAUUUUGAACUCAAAUUUGGUCCCAUCACUACUUUUUUCA